AUGCUUCUGGAUUAUUUAGUUCCUGUUUUAGUGUCUAUGCUUUUUUAUUGCGGCGUGAACAUUGUCCUUCACUAUGUGGUAAUUCCGCCAGCAAAGCUCUCAGAAAGAGAAAAGAAAGACUAUUUCGGAGAGCAUAUAUCUCUUAUUCACUCUGUUUUUGCUGCAACCUUAGCCUUCACUGUUUAUUAUAAAGAAGGCGGUAUAAAUUAUGAUACACCAAUCACAAUGGCUCAUAUAUUUGUAAUUGGACACUCAAUGGGAUACUUCACAUAUGAUGCUAUAUAUGCUGAACUCUUUGGUCUUCAUGAUUGGGCCAUGAGGUUUCACCAUAUAUUUGUAAUUUUAGGUGGAUUUCCUGUAUAUUUUUCAAGCAACGGCGGCAGCCUUGGGAUAAGUAAUUUAAAAUUAGCUUGCUGUUUUUUGACUGAAAUUUCAAAUCCCGCCAUGCAAUUAAGACUCAUUCUUAAAAGCCAAGGCAAAACGGACACUUUACUAUUUAAGGUAUCUCAAUUUUUAUUUGCAUCAAUAUUUUUAUUCAAUAGGUAAUAUUAACAUAGAGGAGUAUUUGGUACAUUUAUAAAUUACAACAGCUGACAAUACGAUUUAAAUUUUAUGAUUUCUAUAAGUAUUUCCAUGCUCUAUGGGCUCAGUUGCUUUUGGAAUUAUGUGAUUAUCUUAAUGCUGCUUAAAGAACUCAAAGGAAAAGGUGUAACAUUAAAGGAAAAAUUUAUAAUCAAAUUUAUCCAUUUUUUGAAAAAAUAUCAAAAGGCGAUAAUCGCAGCUAUCUUUAUUUGGGCAACUUUUAUGCCCCAUGUCUUUAAGUAUAUGGGAUGCACCAAACAUCAUAUAAAGAUUAGAAAUUUCACAAUAAUUUAA